GGAUAUGGCAUGGAGACCAUAGAUAUAAACAUCUAGCCUCUCUGAUAUAGAUCUAUGAUGGAGACUCUCCGGGUGCUGGAGUUAUACAGUGGGAUAGGAGGGAUGCAUUAUGCUUUAAAGGAGAGUGGGAUACCUGCCCAGGUAGUUGCUGCCAUCGACAUCAACACCACAGCCAACCACAUCUACACACAGAACUUUCCUGACACAGAACAGUGGAACAAGACCAUCGAGGGCAUUACACUCGAUGACUUCAAUAAAUUAUCUUUUGACAUGAUAUUGAUGAGUCCCCCUUGCCAGCCUUUCACCAGGAUCGGACUUCAAGGGGACGUCUCUGAUCCCAGAACCAGGAGCUUCCUCUACAUCCUGGAUCUUCUGCCAAGGUUGUCCAAGCUGCCUCGAUACAUCCUGCUGGAGAAUGUGAAAGGCUUUGAGGUCUCGUCUGCCAGGGAACGUUUGGUGAAAACACUUAAAGAAUGUGGAUACGCUUUCAGGGAGAUCAUGGUCUCACCCACAAGUGUCGGGAUCCCAAAUUCAAGACUGCGUUAUUUUCUGGUUGCUAAGAUUUCAACAGAAAACAAUUGCACCAACAGUUUAAAGGUGUUUGAUGCCUUCCCACAAGCUACUCAGAGUGAUUCUCCGGAGCAGCCAGAAGACUCAAGUCGUCCUGACUCGAGUUCCUGCCAUCCAGAAGAUGAAACUCAGGUGGAGCGAGUCCUUUAUAAACUAGAGAGGACCGCUGACGCCCAGAGGAAGGAGAGCCAGAACAACGAUCUCUCCUUCAGGCAGAUCCAGGACUUCCUGGAACCAGAGAGUGAAGUCAACAUGCAGCACUACGUUCUCCCUGCUAAGACUCUGCUGAGAUACUCUCUGCUGCUGGACAUUGUUCGGCCCACAUGCAGGAGGUCCGUCUGCUUCACCAAAGGUUAUGGGCGCUAUGUGGAGGGGACUGGCUCCGUGUUGCAGAGCUGCAUGGAAACAGAGAUGGAGAGUGUGUUUGGAGGUUUGGACCAGUGCUCUGAAGAUGAGAAACUCCAGCGGCUGUUGAAACUGAAGCUUCGCUAUUUUACCCCCAGAGAAAUCGCAAACCUCAUGGGCUUCCCUCAAAACUUCUCUUUUCCGGAGCAGAUCACUACCAAGCAGCAGUACAAAGUUCUUGGAAACAGUCUUAAUGUUGUGGUGGUAGCCAAACUCUUACAGCUGCUAGUCUCCUAGCACUGGGAACACUGGGAACACUGGGAACACUGGGAACACUGGGAACGAUGAAGGAGAACAACAUCCUAUUUUUGUAUUGUCUAUUAUUUCUGUUUUGUGUGUUGCCUGGUCAAGUGUUGGCCAAAUGCUGCACCAUCAAACAGUGCAAGAUACAUGUUUGUUACAUAAAACAGUGCAUGUCUCAAAUUAUAUAAAGAAACAAACAUUUAUGUCCAAUGUUAGUAUAUGUAUCUAUAAUUAUAGUUAUUGAUUUUUUUGUAAAUAAAAU